GCCGCUGCAGGGCAACACCCCGGCGUCCCUGGAAGCGGGGAGCGGGGCAGCCGGGGUGGUGCUGGGAAGCUGUGCAGAGCCGGGAUCCCUCGCCCGGAGCCUCCGCCUCGGGGACCGCCACUUGGAUUUUCUCCCUUCUGAUCUGGCCUCCAUUCCAGUCUGCAUUCCCAGUGGCUGCCAGAGUGAUCUUUUCAAAAGGCCUGGAACCCAGACCAGCCAUGGCUGGAAGACCCAUCCGCAUAGGAGACCAGCUGGUCCUGGAGGAAGACUAUGAUGAGACCUACAUCCCCAGUGAGCAAGAAAUCUUUGACUUUGCCAGAGAGAUAGGUAUUGAUCCCAUCAAGGAGCCGGAGCUGAUGUGGCUGGCCCGGGAGGGCAUUGUGGCCCCCCUGCCUCAUCAGUGGAAGCCAUGCCAGGACAUCACAGGUGAUAUUUACUAUUUUAACUUUGCCAAUGGGCAGUCCACGUGGGACCAUCCAUGCGAUGGGCAUUAUCGGAACUUGGUGAUCCAGGAACGAGGGAAGCUGUCAUCUUCUGGGGCCGUUAAGAAGAAAGACAAGAAGAAGAAAAAGGAAAAGAAAGACAAGAAGGACAAAGAGACCCCCAGAAACGCCAUGGCCCUGGGCUCCUCUCUAGCCCCAGUCCACGUUCCCCUUGGGGGCCUGGCUCCCUUACGAGGCCUCGUGGAUGGCCCGCUCUCUGCUCUUCGUGCCUCUCACAAUGUGACCUUGGGGAGCUCCAUGGAGUCUGGUCAGCUUGGAGAACUCACGCUGCCUUUGCAGGGUCUCAGGACUUCUACUCAUAUGCAAGGUCUCUUGGGCUCCAUCCAUGAGGACAAGAAUGCUCUCGGCCUCUUGGCUUUAGGGGAGGAGACCAGCGAGGAGGAGGCGGAGAGUGAUAACCAGAGUGUCCGCAGCUCAAGUGAGCUUCUUAAGAAUCUGCACCUGGACAUUGGGGUCCUGGGAGGCAACUUCGAGUAUGAGGAGUCUCCAGGAACAAGCCAGCGUGAGGAGAAGGCCCUCUCUCCUGACUUGGGUGCUGCCCGCCCCCCGACUUCCAGCAGGCUCUCCGGCCGAGGUGCAGACAGCAGCCUGGCCAGCGUAGGCAGCAGAGGGCGACAGGGAGAAGGGGCAAGUGCCCGGCUCCCAGGAAGAGACAAGAGUCACGAGAGUGACCCUGCGAUGACGGCCACGAGUCUGGUGGGCCCUGGGGGCGACCAGCCCGCCACAUCCCGUAAGAGAGACACACCCCAGGACCCGGCUGCAGCAGGGGAGGCUUCCAGGAAGGAGGACGCUGCAAAGGAGCCGGAGGAGGAGGCCCCUGUUCCGGGAGAGAGCGGAUCAGACGCCAGUGACGCGCUGGAGAUCAGUGAACAUGUGAAGGAGCUACAGGGCUCAGACUCCGAUGCCUCCAACUCCAAGUCCCCCCUUGGCCUGGACUUCGGUUUUCGCAGCCGGAUCUCAGAGCACCUGCUGGAUGUGGACGUGCUUGCCCCGGUCCCGGAUGGAGCCUGCUGGCCGGCCCAGAGGGUGGGAGGAGAAGACCAGGACAACAGCCAGUCCAGCCACGAUGAGCUGCAGAGCAAACGGUCCCAAGGUUCCGAGAGGUACGGCUGGGUGAGGCCGCCGCAGGGAACUCGGGGAUGUGUGCUGGGACCCACUGUGGGCUGCCCUUCUCCCUGGGCUCACGCGGCCUUAGCAGCCACAGGGGACUUGUCUCGUAGAACAGAUGCUGUCUGCAUCUCUGAGGGUGUAGCCUUCUGCCCGCCUGGGGACCUGAGUUGGCCAUCUCCAGAGCUCAUGGCUCUCCCAGAGCAGCUCCCAGGGGCCGCCCGGAAGGCCAUGGAGGAGGCGGUGGCUCAGGAACUGGAGCAAGAGCAGAGGCGGCUCCUGGAACUGAAGCGGGAAAAGGUGCAGCAGCUGCGGCAGAGGCUGCGGCAGGAGGAGGAGGAGGAGGCGCUUCAGCUUCGACAGCGGAAAGAGGAGUCUCUGAGGCUCCUGCAGGAGCAGCUGCAGAAGGCCACUGAGGAGGAGGGGACUCAGAUGAGAGAGGAGGAGAGCCGGAGGCUGGCUCGGCUCCGGGCCCAGGUCCAGUCCAGCGCAGAGGCAGAUGCGGACCGAAUCAGGGCCGAGCACCAGGCUUCCCUGCAGAGGCUGAGAGAGGAGCUGGCGGCCCUGCAGGAGGCCGAGAGGGCCAGCUUGGAGCAGGGCAGCCAGCGUGUGCUGGAGCGGCUCCGGGGAGAGAUGGAGGCUUCGGAGAGGAGAGAGCGGGCGGCCCUGAGUGCCGAGAAGGAGAAGGCCGGGCAGCAGCGGAGGGAGCAGCUGGAAGGGGAGAGGAAAGAGGCGGCAGCAGCGCUGGAGACAGAGCACAGGGCUGAGCUGGCGCGGCUCCUGUCCUCCCAGGAGGCCAAACACAGAGAGGUGGUCUCCAGCCUCCGGAAGGAGGGAGAGGAAGCCCAGCAGAAAGAGGAGGCCCAGCAGCAGGAGAGCCGGGGGUGGGUGGAGCGGAGAGCACGCCAGCUGCUGGAGUACGAGCAGGAGCUCAGUGGGCUCCUGAGAGAGAAGCGCCGGGAGGUGGAACGGGAACACGAGGGGAGGAUGGACAAAAUGAAGGAGGAGCACCGGCAAGCGGUGGCGGAGGCCAGAGAGCAGUAUGAAGCCGAGGAGCGGACACAGCGGGCCACGUUGCUGGGGCACCUGACUGGGGAGCUGGAGCGCCUGCGCAGGACCCACGAGCAGGAGCUGGAGGCCGCGAGGCAGGAGCAGGCCAGGCAGCUGGAGGGCCUGGGGCUCCGGCACCGGGAGCAGGAAAGGAAACUCCAAGAUUUAGAGGUGGAGCUGGAGACCAGAGCCAGAGAGGUCAGGGCCAGGUUGGCUCAGCUGGACGUUCAGGAAGUCACAGCCACCCAUCAACACCUGGAAGAGGCAAAGCAGGAGCACACACACCUGCUCGAGUCCAACCGGCAGCUCCGAAGAAAUCUGGGCAAGCUGCGGGCCCAGAAGGUGGAGCUGGAAGCCCAGGUGGACCAGCUGCAGGCCCAGGCCAAGGGGCUGCAGAAACGCAUCAGUGACCUGGAGGCUGAAGCUCAGAGGAAGCAGGAGGCGCUGAAAGAGCUGGCGGUCGAGGCGAACAGUGCUUCCCCUUGUUGUGAGCCAGACCUCCACGUCGAGGACCUGAAGACACCCCCGGGCACCAAGCAGACCAAGGAGGCGCCCCCUUCUGUCUCCCAGAGCCCGGAGGUCGCCGACUCAUCCUUGGACAGCUUCCGGCACUACCUCUCUGCCGAGGGUGUGGCGCUCCGCAGUGCCAAGGCCUUCCUGGUGCGGCAGACGCGCUCCAUGCGCAGGCGGCAGGCAGCCCUGAAAGCCGCCCACCAGCACUGGGGCCAUGAGCUGGGCACCGCCCCGGAUGCGCCCGAGGACCUGCUGGGCACCAAGGCCCUGGGCGAUGACGUGCGCAAGGGCCUGGAGGAGGAGGCCAGGCAGCUGGGGGAGAUGCAGUCUGCCAUGCGGAGAGGCCGCGACCUGCUGCAGAGGAAGGAGGAGAAGCUGAGCGAGCUGGAGGCCUCUCUGCAGGACGAGGCUCUAGAUGAGGACAUUCUGAGAGGGCCCCCCACCAAGAAAGCGGUGACCUUUGACCUCAGCGACACGGAGGACACUAGCAGUGGAAGCUCAGAGUCCUGGCCCCUGCCUCAUGGUGAGUGGUGGCCGCAGGGAGGACAGGGCGGGCGGCUGGGACGGACCGGAAGGGAGAUCCAAGGUCCCAAGCUGGAUGAAGCCCCCACCCAGUGGGCCUGGGACCCGGGGCUUGGCCCCCGGCUCUCCUCCGCCACUCAGGCCAUGGACGACUUCCUGGUGGAGAAGUGGCGCAAGUACUUCCCAGCUGGGAGCCCCAGCCUCCGCAGCAGUCCGGUGCCCUUGGAGAACAGGCUGGGCUACGUGUCUGCCAGGGAGCAGCUCCGCCUCCUGCAGCGCCCCCACUCCGGCGUCCCCGAGGUGGGCAGCGCCAGCCUGCAGGGCAUGAUCGAGGCUAACCGGCGGUGGCUGGAGCGCUACAGGAAUGACCCCAAGUUAUAUCCUUUCAGCCAGCUCUCAGACCCUGUGCCCAAGCCAGCAGCCUCGGGCCUCCUGCAGCUGAGCCUGGAUGAGAACAACAGGCUGCAGGUGAACCGCUACUGAGGCCUGAGCGGCCAUGUGGGCCCCGCAUCUCCUGCACCCGGGCCAGGGGCCGAGGAGGGGCCUGCACCCGCUGCCUCAGAGGAAGCUCUACAGCGGGGGAAGCGGGCUGGGGGAGAGGACGGCAGAGCUGAGAGCUAGGAGCCACCGGCAAUAACCCCGAGCGGACUGCAGGGUGACCGUGGGGCGUCUGAGCCGCUGUGAGGAUAUGGCAGCGCUCAUGUGGGACCCCCGGGACAUGGGCACCUUCAGGGAGGGGGCAUCACCGGCGUUGAUGUCAGAGGCCCAGGGAUCCCUGUGGAGUGAGGUGAGCCUGCACCGGCCUGCAGGGCUCCGCACAGUGCCAUGCGCGGUCCUCCAUGAGCACCUGUGUCCGGUGUCGUGUGCCUGGGACGCUGUCUCUGCAAUACCUCAGCACGUGAGCUCAGGCCAUUUCUCUCUUUUCUCCUCCUUUCCUUUUUUAAAACGCCCCCUUUCUUGAGUUCUCUGUUUCUCCUUUUGACUAUCUCAGGAUUGGGCCCAGCCCUGCCCGAGGGUGCUGGGGCCCCCCUUCCCUCGGCCGCACUGUGCUGUCCCCAGGGCACCCUGCCCUUUGCUGGGCUCCGCGCAGAGCCCUCCCGUGGCUUCUCAGGUCUGCAGCACACAACUCAGUGAGAGCCGCCCAGGAAAGCCGGGAUGGCUCUGGUGCUCUCGCCUCUCACCCCUGGGUGUAUCCACGUGUGCUUGUUUCUAGCUGUUUCCUGCUGUGCCCGCCCUGCUCAGCCGGGAGACUCGGUCCGAGGAGGUGGGGUCAGGGCCGGAGCGGGGCCUUAAAGGGAGGGGUCUUGUGCCCCAGGAGCCACUGCCGAUCUGCACAGCCCCCUGCACCCCUCUCACAGUGGCCCCCGGGGGUCCCCAGACACGUCUCUGACAUCUGUCUCGGUGUAAAGAAAAGAACGCCCCCUUCUUGCCGGGAAAGCUGUGGGGCUGCCCUGGCCUCUAUGCAUGGAGACCGACUCUCGGCCCUCCCACCACGAACUUCUUAGUCCCGGAAUAAGAAACAAGACCCGAUGGCUUUUAUCCACCCUGCGUGCUCAGCUCCGUCUGCCACACAGGAAAAGGUCCCUGGCUGUUCCUGCGGGACUAGCGUAUGUGUCGCACCGUCUCUGUAACCCGCCUGUGUUUGUACAUCAAUUAAAUCUCUGCUGGUCCAUUUUCUA